AUGAAUCAAGAUAAAGACGGCGAUGGAGACAACGAUGGAGACGAAUAUGAAGAGGAUCUGGAAUUAAAAAGCCAAGAAAAUGACAGCGAUAAUGGCGACGAAGACGGAGGCAACAACGACGACAAAGCUGGAGUCGAAGGAAACGACAAACACGGAGGUGAAACUAAAGGAAAAGAUGGCGAUAAAAAUGAGAACAAAGUUGUCGGCGAUCGAAGCUUUUCCGCUUUUCCGACGGAGGAAAAAGGAACUGCAAAGAUGAAGGCGAAAGCAGCAGGAAAGACGCAGGCGAAAACAACAACAGCGACGGCGGAAACAACAACCAUGGCGGCGGCGAAAACAACAACAAAGACGGCGACGAGGGAGAAGACAAAAAUGAAAAUUAUGCACGCAAUGACGGGAAUGAAGCCGGCAACAGCGGCGCAAAAGAAGGCGCCACUGAAGAAGUGA